AUGUCGAAGAACCUCAUGACAACCGAGCCCGGCGGCGAGUCCCAGCAGUACGAAGGCAGCAUGGGCUACAUCGAGCCGCACUCCAAACAGGCCGGCCAAUUGGGAGAUCCCUCAACCACAGAUCAACCCCGCGACCCAGUCAACAAGUCUGCUUCCAGCGGUCCCAACACACAGGGCGUGACGCCAGCUGAGAAGAUGCGAUACGGACAGACGAUUCAAGAAAGUGGGGGUGGUGCGGGGAAGACGGAUGUGCAGGGACAGGCGAAUAGUGAAGGAGGAUUUGGAGAAACGAAGAGGUUAGGGGAGGAAGGGGAUGCGGUGCAGCAGAGGAGGGCGCAAGGGUAUGGCGGAGAUAUGGAUAUGGAUCGGAACAUUGGGGCCUGA